CGUGGCUUCACUUAAUUGGAGCGCGGGGACCCGCACCUUCAUCGCUGGAGCCCGCAGGCUGGUUGCUGCUUCCUCAUCCUCCCACGUCACCGCUGCCGCCAUGCCCGGAGGUCUCCUUCUCGGGGACGAGGCUCCCAACUUCGAGGCCAAUACCACCGUCGGCCGCAUCCGUUUCCACGACUUUCUGGGAGACUCAUGGGGCAUUCUCUUCUCCCACCCUCGGGACUUUACCCCAGUGUGCACCACGGAGCUUGGCAGAGCUGCAAAGCUGGCACCAGAAUUUGCCAAGAGGAAUGUUAAGUUGAUUGCUCUUUCCAUAGACAGUGUGGAGGACCAUCUUGCCUGGAGCAAGGAUAUCAAUGCUUAUAAUGGUGAAGAGCCCACAGAAAAGUUACCUUUCCCCAUCAUCGAUGAUAAAAAUCGGGACCUUGCCAUCCUGUUGGGCAUGCUGGACCCAGCAGAAAAGGAUGAAAAGGGUAUGCCUGUGACAGCACGUGUGGUGUUUGUUUUUGGUCCUGAUAAGAAAUUGAAGCUGUCUAUCCUCUACCCAGCUACCACUGGCAGGAACUUCGAUGAGAUUCUCAGAGUAGUUAUCUCUCUGCAGCUGACGAUGGAAAAGAGAGUUGCCACCCCAGUUGAUUGGAAGGAUGGCGAUAGUGUGAUGGUCCUCCCAACCAUCCCUGAAGAGGAAGCCAAAAAACUUUUCCCUAAAGGAGUCUUCACCAAAGAGCUCCCAUCUGGCAAGAAAUAUCUCCGCUACACUCCCCAGCCUUAAGUCUCUCCAGGAAGUUGGUGCUGGGAGUGCUCACUUAGCACAGUGAACCAGAGGACACCAGCUGCCAAUCAUAUUUUCCUGCUGCAAUUCCAAUCCAUAACAUCCCGGUGUGAUCACAGCCAGCGUCGUUAGAUUGCUAUACUACUGGCUUAUUAAAUGCAAAUGGCACUAAAAAUUUCUGGGGAUUUGUUACUCUGUGCCUUAACCAGCAUUCUAUUCUAUUCAUAUAUCUCAGCAUUCUGCUGGCUCUCUCAAAUAUAUUAUAUAUUUGAGAUUCUAAUCUUGGAUUUCUGCAGGGUUUGUGAUCAACGAGGAUUAUUGAUUGAUGGUUGAGAAAGCUUGCUUUGCUCCAUCAUAGAAUGAUUAUCUUUUUUUUUUUUAGCUGUCCUAAUCAUAUCUUCUUCUGUAACCCAUUUUGGAGAGCAACAGAACUUGAAGGUUCAACCUCCUCUGUAAAUAUCUAAGUAUAUAGCCCAGGAACGUAGAGUAACCCAAAUGUUCUUUAAUAUUCAAGGUUUUGAUCACAGCUCGGGGAAAAAUCUUUUUAAUUCUGUACUUUUCUAGUAGAUAACUAAAGUGGGGGGAAGAAUCUCUAAAUAUUUUGCUAUAAAAAAAACUUGCAAUAAAUUUCUAUCAAAAGGUGGAGGCUGCAGAAAAGGCUCCCCUUGCCUGCCAGGAAGUGUACCAGGAGGUGUGAGCAAUACAAGUGCCAUGUGCCUUUCACACAGAGUAUUUCCAUAUGUCAGUCUGCUCUCUGAUGAUGUAGAUGUGAAAGGGCACGCCACUGGGGAGAGGAGAGGCUAAUUGAAAAUGUUUUAUUAUGGAAUUGUUCUUGCAGUGGGUUGCUAUUUUCUGUAUUUUGCUUUUGGGGGAUCAGCAAAUAAAAUCCUUCGUUAAAACUGGA